GUGUUCAGGAGGAGGGGAAAAAACAAAAAACAAAAAGCCAAGAACGGAAACCAUUUUCUGAGCCAUCUCUCUAGAAAACGGCCUGCAUGGAACUUCCAAAGGUGAAACCCGGUAGAGACAAGCCUGGAGUUAUGCCUCUUGACUUAGAAAUGGACCUGAAAUCCAAUAUGGAAGACAGUGACUGGUUCCUGAGGAAGCUGUGUGGAAGGGCUGCUGACACGGGUCUAGACUUGAACAGCUAUGGAUUAACAGCAGUGGAUGUGAAAGAAACUGCUUCAAUUCUGCCUCUCCUCUCGGACUUGGAAGAACUGGACGUUUCCUGGAACGAUUUUGCCAGCGGGACCCUCCACUUGCUCACUCAGCAAAUGCAUCCUGUCAACAAGUUAAAAGUCCUGAGGCUGAGUAGCUGCAGGCUUACCCCUGAGGACGUUCAAACACUGGGAGGCACCCUUGAAAUGAUACCUGAACUCGAAGAACUAAGUCUGUCGUGGAACAGCCAGGUGGGAGGGACGUUGCCUCGGGUUCUCCACACAUUCCAACAAGGGAGCAAGAUUCGAACACUCGAACUUGUGGACUGCGCCCUCACGUCACAGGACGGAGUGUUUGUGGGUCACUUGCUACCCAAGCUGCAGAGCCUCCAAGUAUUUGACCUUUCCAACAACAGAAAUAUUGGCAGCUGUCUAGACGUCAUAGCACAAGGAUUAAGAAGUACAUCAGGCCUAAAGGUACUGAAGUUGCGUUCCUGUGGAUUAUCCCAAAAGAGCAUCAGACUACUGGAUGGUGCCUUUGCAUCCUUGGAUGUGCUGAGGAUACUGGACCUCUCCUGCAACAAGGAACUGGGUGGAGGCUUUGAGGAUGUGCCUGCUCAGCUGGCUUCACUGAAGCAUCUGGAAGUCCUGGACCUUCACCAGUGCUCACUAACAGCAGGAGAUGUGACGUCAUUGACUCAGAUUAUCCCUUUACUCUCCAACCUGGAAGAACUGGACUUGUCAUCCAACAGAGACGUGGGCGGCUCCUCAGAGAACCUACUCUGCAGGCUCCGGUUCUUACCAGCACUGAAGUCCUUGCUGAUUAACAGUUGUGCUUUACAAAGUGAGGCUUUCGCAGCCCUUGCAGAAGCCUCUGUGUACCUCCCAGCCCUGGAGAUACUCAACCUUUCCUGGAAUAAGUGUGUUGGUGGGAACCUGGCGCUGCUUCAGCAAACACUAAAUUUGUCAAGGUCGCUUCGCGUGCUACAUUUGAGCAGCUGCUCCCUGGUGACAGAGGAUGUGGUUCUCCUGGGUUUGUAUUAA